AUGAGCGAGACGCUCACCAACCUCGAUAUCGUCGUCGGUAGGGUCGAUCUAAAUCUUCAGUCCGAAGAGUCUCUUGCAAAUAUCGAGAUCAAGAUGGAAGGUGUCUCGAAGACCACUCUGAGAGUUCAAAAGCGUCGCGGAAAUCGUACAAAAACAAAGAUAGUCUCAGAGAGUCACAAGCUUCUCUACGUAACAGAGAUCCUUUUCCCUCCCGAAGACAUUCGAAAACUAGACGCCGGCGGGACCGGACGAGACGGGUUUACGCUUGCGCCCGGUCGGUACCAGUAUCCGUUCGAGUUUCGGAUUCCGAUCAAUAAUGACUGCACCGACAAGAAGAACUUCAUUGCCAAGCUGACUGAGAGCGGCGAAGCGCAGACUCAUAUUACUACCACUUUGCCGCCGUCGUGUACUGAUACAGAGCUGGCGACGAUCAAAUACUUCUUCAAAGUCACUGUCAAGAAGAGCGCAUUUUACAAAAUGAACAUGCGAGAAUAUCUCCCGUUCAUCUUCCUUCCAAUCGAGCCUCCCCGUCCUGCACCCGGCGAGAUCGAAACAUUCUACGCCCGUCGCAAACACCGCUUCCCAUACACUGCUGUCUCGCGAUCUCAUCUAGGUCUCCGCUCCGGUGCCGGAAGUAGUCCUGCAGCAGGCAACGGUCAAGCCAAGAAAAAGCGCGGAUUCUUUGCGUCUAUGAUGGGCGGUGGUUCCACUCCAAGAGAAGGCAAGGACUUUAUCAAUCAGCAAGGCCCCGAGUUUUAUCUAGAAGCGCGGAUGCCCGAGCCCCGAAUCAUCGUACCAUCCGAACCCAUCGACCUCCGCCUGCUAGUCUCGUCGCAGACCCAUCUCGACGUCGAGAUGUACAUGCACUCGCUUGCCGUGACGUUGAUAAUAACCACCACCGCGCGCGUCGGCGCCGAGUCGCAGACCAGCGUGCUCUCGCUGCCCGUCGUCAAUUUGCAGAAUCUCAAGCUUCCCUUUGGCGCGAUGACGAAUCCGCAGCCGGGCAUGUAUGAGGCCGAGUUUGAUCAGCGCAAGAUCACGCACGGGCUGUUUUUGCCAAAUACUGUGCCGCCCACGUUUAAGAUUUGUAAUGUCGAGCGGAGUUACGCGCUCGAGGUGAUUGUGGAACUGUCCCACGGUCAGCGCGGUACACAUGAGUUAAUCCAACUCGGCUUCCCAGUCCAGGUCUGGUCAGGCAUCAGACCACCCCCGGCCCUAUUGCAAGCAGUCCAAAACGAGAUGCAGAACCCGUACACAAAAGCCACGAGCAGUCUACACAAGCAAACCUCGGCCGUCGUCGACGAGAUGCCAGACUACGGUCCUCCGCAGCUCAAUAAACGCCCUACCACAGCUUCGUCGUCUACACCCGGAUCCACCGGGGCGGCGGGCGCUAGCAGCUUACCGACGUAUAACGAGGCUGUUGGGAGCAGGUUGCAGCCGAUUGAGGGGCCUCGUCGGACAUAUGAGCAGGCCCCCGCGUAUUUCAGCAACGUUGACGAACUAGACAACGAGAAAAACUAG